AUGAAGAGAGCGGUGAGUCUGGUGUCUCUGCUGGUGCUGAGUUCGGUCUGGAUCCUGCAAGCGGUCCCCGUGCUGUCAGAACCUCUCCCACAGGAGAACUUUGAUCUUUGCCGGUUCAUGGGGAAGUGGUAUGAGUUAGCAGUGGUUUCUACUUGUCCUCACUACAUGCAGCGCAAGAGGGGAAACCCUGUCAUUGUUGCAUUGGAGCUGCAACAUGUUGCCUCUGAGAGCAACUUCACAAUGACAGCCACUAUUUUCAGGAAUAGCUCAUGUAAGCAGACGUCCACAGACUAUAGUUUGACCAAGACUCCAGGACGAUUCUUCCACCAUGUUGCAAGGUUUGGAGCAGACGUGGAUUCCUUUGUGGUUCAUUCCAAUUAUGAUGAGUACGCAAUGAUGCUUCUGCUGAGCACAGAGAAACCCUCAGGGAUUAAAACCACCACAGUCAAACUUUAUAGUCGAACUAUGAGUGUGAGGACCGCUGUGCUGGAUGAAUUCAAAACGGUGGUCAGACAACAUGGAGUGACUGAUGAUGCUAUCGUCAUAAAUCAGAACAAAGGUGAGUGUGUUCCUGGUGAGCAGAUGACAACGCCCGUCACUACUGAGCCUCAGGUUUUUGAUCCCAAGAGGUGGGAAAAAAACACAGUGCCACCUGUGGUUCCUGCACAAGAGAAGUACCCUGGUAAUGUUUAA